AUGGUCAGAAUGUGCGACCCACUAUACUUUUACUCCUCCCUCAUGCAAACAUUCAGUCCAGAGGAAGUCGCGCUUCUUCUUGCACAAACGCCUGCACCCUCACCCAAUUUGAUGGCACUAUUCCCACUCCCGGAUAUCAUCCCCACUAAACCCAUGUUACGCCAAACCCGUUACGUCGCGUACCAGGGCAGAGGGAGACAAGAUGUUAAUAAUCUUCGCUCUGCCCGGCUUUACUUCAUUGGCCGCAACGCUGUGAACGGCCAAGACGAAGCUGGAGUUCUCUUGCGCGAUGGGAAGGCUGGCCGCUUCAGGUCGAACUACGAUUACAGCACUUCGAUGUGCUUUUUUGACAGAGCCACUACCGUUAAGAUACAAAUACGGCCCUUGGGUAUCACCGACGUCCGUCUCAGGGAUGGCCAUGAUCGGCAGAUUCCACUCGUCGAAGGCGGAAGGAUGCUCACCUUUGACGUCAUGGUUAAGCGCGUUUCAUCUGCCAUCUCCACGUUCUUCAGGCGGACAACGUCUUACCGAUUCAAACGUCGUCUUGAUAGGGCUCACUUGGGUUUCGACGGGAAGCAUUCAGCCUCUCCUUCAGCUUACAUUUUGAGACUGGCUGCAUCGCCAGAAGCCUCGAGGAAGAUUGACGUCCUGACCGUAACGAAUCGGGUGGUGUCGUUUCACGGCAUCCGUUGGUUACUAGUUAGGCUAUCCAUCUUCUUCGAUAGCGCUGAAUCCUGA